UUACUUAAUUAAUUAUUUACUUAUAUGUAAAUAAUUAUUAAUUGUUGCAAGAACAUUACAUAAAUGUUAAAACUAUUUGUUUUAUGAUUUUAAUCGCCAAAAUCUUAAAUUAAUUACUUUAUGUACUUAAUUAUUAAUAAUUAGAACUUUUUUGAAGAUGUCUAGACAUGGAAUGGGUAAACCGGAAAUGAUUAAGGCGAGAAAUAAAGAGAGGAUGGAAGGUCGUGAGUGUAGACUUACGACGAUUGGUAGGAAAGAAAAUGAAGAAAAAAAUCCACCUAAGUUUAGGAGGAGGAAGUAGAAGGCGGAAGUAGUGCUUCCCGACGGACACCCUACUAUGGGGCAGUUGUCUCUUAGUCGAGGUACUACUAAUACUCCUACACCAGAGGAUGCACCGACUUGGCAGGCUAAUUGGAGUGAUUCCAUUGAUGAGGAUGAUGAUGAUGAUGAUGAUGAUGAUGAUGAUGAUGAUGAUGAUGACAGUGAUGCUGGUGAUGCUGAGGUUGGGGAUGCCCCACCUCAACAAGAUUUAAGCGUGGGGAAGAUCGCGCAGAGCGGGCUAUCUUCUACUGCCUCCUCACACUUUCAUGGGCCCUAUGGACGUUAUGCGACCAUACCUAGUAGCGAGGAAGGCGGAGAUGGAAAUAGGAAGAGGAAGACCACAAGGAAAGAGAUGUCGUGGUUACUUACAUCGGAGUCUGAAAUGUGUUCAGGCGCACCAGUGAUUCCCGAUGUGAUCCCUAGCUUUGGUGGUCACAUAGGCCUUGUACUGUGGACUUCCCCUCAACAGGACCGUGGAGUGUUGAGCUGCUUCCAUAGGUCGAAAGCUUAGGAGUUUUUGAGGCGAUAUAAGUUGAGUGCAGAGGGCUCAAAGGAGAUAGUUUGAGCCACAAGAUUGUCUCACUUGACAGGGUAUAUGAUGCAGCAUUUAGACAUGGCUUUACUGUCGGAAUUUGUGGAGAGGUGGCAGCCGAACACAAACACCUUCCACAUGCCAUUUGGAGAAUAUCGAUCCUUCUACAUGAUGUGCAACACAUUCUUCGUAUUUUGGUUGAUGGAGAGCUGAUGUGAGAUGAGGCUUUGCCAGAUAUUCACUACAAAAAAGGCAGACAGUUGUGACAAAAACUUACUGAGGACUUAGAAAUUGCGUCGAAAAAGAUGCAUAAUUCCGACAACCAACAGUUUUCGCCAGUAUUAUAUGCAUCACUACUGACAGAGUUAAAUUUUCGUCAAUAAUUGUGUUUUUUCGUC